AUGAGUGCAGGCGAUGUAGGUGCCGAGUUGCGGCGCAGAUUGCCAGCGGAAGGCGACACCAGCCACCAGCAGGAAAGCCCAAAACAGCAACACCAGCCACCGGAGUGCACCACCACGGAAAAUUCUGAUCAUGUCGACUCCGAGACGGAAACGGAGGAGCGAAUGCCGGAGGAAAAAUAUGUCGAUGAAAUGGCCAAAAACCUUCCCCAGGGAACGAACAAAAUGCCGGAGGUUCUCGGUCAAGCGUUGAACGGCCUGCCCGAUAGGUGGAAGAACUGGGUGAUACGAGGCAUCUUCACGAUGAUAAUGAUCAGUGGAUUCUGUUUAAUCAUCUAUGGCGGACCUUUGGCAUUGAUGGUGACGGCCCUCGCCGUACAAGUGAAAUGCUUCCAGGAGAUUAUUUCGAUCGGCUACUCCGUGUACCGCAUUCACGGUUUGCCCUGGUUCCGCAGCUUGUCCUGGUACUUUUUGCUGACGUCCAACUACUUCUUCUACGGUGAAAAUUUGGUCGACUACUUCGGUGUUGCGGUCAGCCGUGUGGAUUCGCUGCGUUUCCUAGUCAAGUACCAUCGCUUCCUAUCGUUCUGCCUGUACUGCAUCGGGUUUGUCUGGUUUGUGCUGUCGCUGGUGAAGAAAUACUACAUGAAACAGUUCAGCCUAUUCGCCUGGACCCACGUGGCGCUGCUGAUCGUUGUGACGCAAAGCUACCUGAUCAUUCAGAACAUUUUCGAGGGUCUGAUCUGGUUUAUCGUACCCGUCUCGAUGAUCGUGUGCAACGACGUGAUGGCGUACAUGUUUGGGUUCUUCUUCGGUCGUACACCGUUGAUCCAGCUCAGCCCAAAGAAGACCUGGGAAGGCUUCAUUGGAGGUGGGUUUGCGACUGUCAUUUUUGGGCUGCUGGCGUCGUACUUCCUGUGCCAGUUUCAGUUCUUCGUCUGCCCGAUCGAAUACUCGGAAUCCGAGGGACGGAUGUUGAUCGAGUGCGAACCUAGCUACUUAUUCCGGCCGCAAGAAUACAGCAUUGAAUUGUUUGGUGCCAACAAAACACUUACGAUGUAUCCCUUCCUACUGCAUUCGCUCUCGAUGAGCAUCUUCAGUUCAGUGAUUGGACCAUUUGGAGGCUUUUUCGCUUCAGGAUUUAAGCGUGCAUUUAAAAUUAAGGACUUUGGAGACAUGAUUCCCGGACACGGAGGUAUUAUGGACCGUUUCGAUUGCCAGUUCUUGAUGGCAACGUUUGUUAACGUGUACAUCUCUAGCUUCAUCCGUUAUGCUUCGCCACAAAAAUUGCUAAACAUGGUGUAUAGUCUUAAGCCCGAAGAACAGCUGCAACUGUUCAACCAGUUGAAAGACAGUCUCGAAGAUCGAAAUAUUAUUAAUCUAAAUUAA